CGGUCACAGGCCAGGAGCUGCGGGAUUGGCGCCGCCCGUGGUUAGAGCUGGACUAACGGGACUCCGGGCCGCGGGUCGCAGUCCAGACGCAAGAGGGGCUAGUGUUGGCGUGGAGCCCAGAGCCACAGAGUGGGAGCCUGGCCAGGACACGCGCACCAUGCCCUACCUGCUCAUCAGCACCCAGAUCCGAAUGGAAGUGGGCCCCACUAUGGUGGGCGAUGAAUACUCGGAUCCAGAGCUAAUGCAGCAUCUGGGGGCCUCCAAGAGAAGUGUCCUGGGAAACAACUUUUGUGAGUACUACGUCAAUGACCCUCCUCGCAUAGUCCUGGACAAGCUGGAACGCAAGGGCUUCCGUGUGUUGAGCAUGACAGGGGUGGGCCAGACGCUGGUGUGGUGCCUGCACAAGGAGUGACCUUCUCACACUAACUUGUGGACAGGGUGCUCCUCUCUGGAGGGGCUGCCAUGGGCCACUUCCUUAAGCCCUCACCUUACUAACUGCCUUGCCCCCAUCUUCCCAGGUUGUCCUUGCCCUUGGUCCAUCCCCAGCAGGUAGACAAUGGCCUCUGAAACUCUUGCCUUGGCUACUGGGGGAGGGGAAAGCCCCUUGCCCCAGUGCUCCCAGCUGCCCUCCUGCUUCGGGCCUGACCUGAGAGCUGAUGGCAGGCCAUGUUCUGUGGGCAGGCUGCCCUGCUGCACUGGCACUCCAGUAGAGGACGAUGCCAGGACUCGGUGGGUGGGUCCUAUGUAGCCAGUCCAAGCCAAUAAAGGGCUGUGAUGAGUGGUUGCUCCUCUG